GUGACGUUUGAACCAGGAAUAUUGGCGGUUAUGUUUUCAUUAUACUUUAUAGUUUUUUUGUUUCUCGACAGGAAGAGCUUAAAUUGUCGGGGUCACAUUAAGUCACCGUCGCUCUCCAGCAGCGUUGUUUUGCAUUAAUCUGAUUAUUACCACAAAUACCGUGUGGCUUCAUUUCUGCCGUGCACCCACCGAGGUUCCAUGCCUUGUGUCUCGGCUAGAAAGCGACUCAUCCCCGCUGUACACGCUACGAGCACAUUGACAGUGUUGUUGUUGUCGUCCCUGUGUGUGGCAGACAUGUCCACGCUGUUCCCCUCUCUCUUCCCCCGGAUCACCGAGACCCUGUGGUUCAACCUGGACCGACCCUGCGUGGAUGAGGCCGAGCUGCACCAGCAGGAACAGCAGCACCAGACCUGGUUGCAGAGCAUUGCGGAGAAGGACAACAACUUGAUGCCGAUUGGGAAACCUAUUUUUGAGGCAGGAUAUGAAGAGGAGGACGAGGAGGACGACGAGGAUGAGGAAGACAGCGAGGAAGACUCUGAAGAUGAAGAAGACAUGCAGGACAUGGAUGAGAUGAAUGAUUACAAUGAGUCACCUGAUGAUGGCGAGAUCAACGAGGUGGACAUGGAGGGAGCAGACCAAGACCAAGACCAAUGGAUGAUAUGAGACAUUAGAUGGUUUUACUUUCCAUCAGACUGAUGUCUGUCUGGCUCUGGAUUUCUGCUCCCCUCUUAAAGCCAUGGCUGUUGCCUCUUGCACCAUGAUAUCCUUCAGAUGAGGGUCGGGUAAAUCCAGCACAAGGGUUUCAUGGUGAGCUGCUGCCAGCCUCCGAGCCUCGGGAUGUCAUUGGACAUUGCUCUGAGUGUUGCUCACACAUUUAAAGUUGUUUAGAACGAAAGCAUGGAUGUAAGUUUAAACACAAGUCAGCCUUUUCUGUGAACCUGUCAAAGCCGUUUCACACAUCGUUGAUGCUGUAAAACACUUGAGGUCCUACUGAUCAGUAACCAGCCUGGCACUUAGCCAAAUAGUGGCAUCAUGUCAUUGCUGUUCAGUGAAUCUAGCAACGAAACUACGACCUCAUCAUAUCUUCAGUCAUGUGCCUCCUCUCAGAGUCACUGCAAAGCUGACACAGUACAAACGACAGCUGACUCAGCAAAAUAAUAUUUCACCUAUGAAGGACUUCACCACAGAGUCCAAUUCUCUUACCCGUUGUGUUUAUAUCAUUCAUUCAGUCUUUUCAGAAGAGCUUUUAAAAUGUUUAUUUAAUUUUUUAACCUUUCAAAAUAUACCCAUUUUCUUUUAUGAAUACACAUGCAUAACCAGCCCAGUUGUCUCAUGUUUCUCUAUAAGGAUUGUUUACCAAGGCUUUUAUUAUUGAAACUGAAAUGAAGGCCUUGACAGUUUGUAAUAAAUUAACUUAUUUUGAUGAAAUCAUGAUUUGUGAAACGUUGGUGUGUGUAUGUGAUGGAUUAGGUUGAGUUAAUGGCCAGCGAGGUUCAAUCAGGACUAGCACUGAUAAAGUAUAAUAAUCUGGAUUUGAUGUUGAUAAAAUGUAAAGUGUAAAUGGUGCUGUUAUACUCAGUUUAUAUUUAACAUGUAAUUGUGAUUGACAGCCACUUUUUCCACUUGAACCAGGCCGGCCCUGGCGAUGUUGGCGCCCUAGGCGAGAUUUCAUAUUGGCGCCCCCCCAACAUACACACGCAAACUGUCGUGCAUCCCCAAUCACUUUUGGACUGUAUACAGAUGCACACACAGGCAGACAAAAUUGUAAGCUAUAAAAAAACUGGACUAUUAGCACAUCAACUCCAUCCAUCUCUCAUGCUAUGCCUUGAUGUGUUGUUUCUCCGCUUCCUUUGGACUAUCCCUCCAUUUGAUGUCCCUUCAGAGUGUCUGGUCGUACCUCAAAACCUUCUGGAGCUGUUUACUUAUUUGGCACAGAAGCACAUUGUGUGAAUAGUUUGAUUUUAUUAUUUUUUUCAACUUUAUUUGAAAUGGCUUUUUGAUGCGACCCACAUACAAACUGUAACUGGCUAUACAGCUGACAAUGAUGCACCUAUUAAUGCUAAAACACACAAUGCAGCGGCUGUGCAUAGAAAAGCACAAAUUUGUAGAAGUUCUUUUUUUCAAAUGGAUAAUGUAAACCUCCCGGUACACAUUGAUGACGGUUCCAAACAUAAUAUGAAAAUACAAUACACUGUUACAUGUCAUUUGACUGUUACACAAGUUAUUUUUUUUAAAUCCAUUCUCCAUUUCGUAAUUCGUACUUGGCCUCUAGAAAGUUAGUAAAUUUGCACACAAGUGAUAGGAAUCCGGAGCUGUUUUGCAAUACAUAGAAAACCUACACUUUGACAAGUUCAUGUUUUAUAAAAACUAUUUCAGAUAAUUGAAUGUUUACUGAUGCAUUUUGAAAUUAUUUAAUUCUUUGCUUUGGGGUUUUAAGCUAUAUUAGGAUUAAGGUGUAAACAGAGACAGUUUCUCUGUUUGAGAAGAACAUUUUCUUCUAAUAUUAAUGUUUUAUUUACAUUAUUCUAAUAGACCUGUAGUUUAUCUAAUUGACGGUUACAUAUGUAAGAGGUAGGUCUUUUAACAGCUCAUUUGUUUUGAAUACACAAGUAUCCACCAUCGCUACAACUGUGUACCCAUCAUCCAUAUGGUGUUUUGUAUGACUUAGUACAAAACUUUUGUGUUGCUUGUAUUGUAUGCAGUGUAAUUCAAUUUAAUUGUCACCAUGACACAGAAUGCUUGUUGCACACAGAGUACCAAAGGAGAUGUGUUGAUAGUAACAUUUAAACCAGGAUGCUGUGCUCUCAACGCAUACUGCAUGUGACUAUGCAGUAUUCUUUCAUCAGCAAAGCUCAUUCAGGACAACAGCUGGAGUGCAGCUGUUUGGUCAUAGCCAUAGAAAGCUAUGGCUGUGUAAGUAAUGAUACUCAUGUGUUAUGUAUUCUCGUUUUCACUGGUUCGUGCUGCAGAAAGAUGGCAAUAUAGUAUGUUGGGCAUGGACUGCCUGGACACUCCCUGUGGUGUCCAUGUUUAAUUAAUUUUCAUAACAGUGAAAUGCUAAAAGUGUUUUUGGAAAUACAGAAGGGACACAUUUGAAUUUCAGGGACGCAGGUUGAGUAAAACAUAGUGUUACGUGGGGGGAGGACUAAUUUGUGUUGGUUUUGAAUAAACUUUUUUCAUUAACCCCA